AUGAUGAAGAGGAAGAGAGAAGAGAAGAACGAGUGCAUGGAUAUCGUAUGGCAAACCCCAGCAAAUCCCCCACUCCCGCAAGACUACAUCUUUCGAAACGGGAUUCGAUUAGUUAGACCAUACUACUUCGAAUUCAUCGCGCAUGUAAAAAAUCGAUGGGCUGGGAAAACCAUUGUAGAUUUGUUCGCUGAGGAGUUUAAAGGUCGACCUUAUGAAUAUUAUGUUAGUGCGGUGAAAUGUGGAAGGAUUCAGGUUGAUGGUGAAAUGGUGCCAGUUUCGUAUGUAGUUAAAUCAUCUCAAAAGAUAAGCCAUUUUUUACACAGGCAUGAACCACCUGUUAUGGCUUGUGAGGUUUCUAUUCUUCAAAAAGAAUCAGAUGUGUUGACUGUUUGUAAGCCAGCAUCUGUCCCUGUUCAUCCAUGUGGUCAAUAUCGUAAGAACACUGUUGUUGGCAUCCUUCAAGCUGAGCAUGGACUGGGGCCUCUGUUUCCUAUCCAUCGACUGGACCGCCUUGUCUCUGGACUCCUUAUUAUAGCCAGAAAUGCUACAAAAGCCGACAGUUUUAGGCAGGAGAUUGAAGCUGGCUUAGUCAAGAAGCAGUAUAUUGCAAAAGUAGUUGGAGAAUUUCCCGCGGAUGAGCUAAUUGUUGAUGCCAAUAUAGACUAUAAUGCGCGAGAAGGAAGGAGCACAGCAGAGGUCAGAGACUCUGCAAAGGGGAAGGUUUCCUCUACAAAAUUUACUCGGAUUAGUAGCAAUGGUACUCAUAGUAUUGUUUUAUGUGAACCAGUCACCGGCCGCACCCAUCAGGUAGGAAAAUUGUUGGUCGAUUUUGAUUGA